AUCAUCAAAAUGGGCGUUGCUGGCAAGGGAAAUGGAAUGCGAGCGUUAAUUCUUGUCGGAGGGUACGGCACUCGCCUUCGGCCGCUAACAUUGAGCACUCCAAAACCACUGGUUGAAUUCGCCAACAAGCCGAUCUUACUGCAUCAGAUUGAGGCCCUCGUUGAAGCAGGAGUGACGCAGGUCAUUCUAGCCGUUUCGUACCGCGCCGAGCAGAUGGAAGCGGAAUUGUCCGCCCAGGUGGAGCGCCUUGGUGUGAAGCUAAUCUUCUCUCAUGAAACAGAACCACUCGGCACGGCUGGACCAUUAGCAUUGGCUAAAUCCAUCCUGUCUGAAAGCACAGAACCGUUCUUCGUGCUGAACUCGGAUAUCAUUUGCGAUUUUCCUUUCAAAGAUUUGGAACAGUUUCACCGACGGCAUGGGCGCGAGGGCACGAUUGUCGUGACACGUGUCGAGGAGCCAUCGAAGUAUGGCGUGGUGCUCUAUGCUGACGAUGGCUGCAUCAAGAGCUUCAUCGAAAAGCCUCAGGAGUUCGUGAGCAACAAAAUCAACGCUGGCAUGUACGUGCUCAAUCCGUCAGUCCUGUCGCGCAUCGAACUAAAACCGACAUCGAUUGAGAAGGAAAUCUUUCCCGUGAUGUCCCAUCAGAAGGAACUGUACGCCUUCGAGCUGAAUGGCUUCUGGAUGGACAUCGGACAGCCGCGAGAUUUCCUGACUGGAAUGUGCUUAUAUUUGACAUCGCUUCGACAGCGGCAACCAGAGCUGCUGUACAACGGGCCUGCUGGUUUCGUGGGAAAUGUGCUAGUAGAUCCCACGGCCAAGAUCGGCGCUGGGUGUCGCAUCGGGCCGAAUGUUACGAUCGGUCCAAACGUUGUUAUCGAGGAUGGUGUUUGUAUAAAGCGUUGUACCAUACUUAAGGACGCCGUUAUUAAAUCACAUUCGUGGCUAGACAGUUGCAUUAUCGGAUGGCGAUGUGUCGUCGGAAGGUGGGUUCGGCUCGAAGGGACGACCGUGCUCGGAGAAGAUGUGAUCGUUCAGGACGAGAUCUAUAUCAACGGAGGUCAGGUGCUGCCACACAAAAGCAUAGCAUUAAGCGUUCCUGAGCCGCAGAUCAUCAUGUAGAGUGGGGUCAUCAUCAUUCGGUAUUUCACUUCCAAACCUCGUCAUUGUGCUGCCAUAGAAUCGAUGGGAGCAAACCGGUUUUAGUGCUCAGAUAAGCUACGAUAUAUGGUAACGUAAAACAUGCGACGUAUCUCCUUGUGUAGUUUUAUUUGAUUGUUUUAUCAAUUGGAUAGCUCAUUUCAAAUGCAUUAGAUAUGUGAACCAAAACGCGUAUCGGUUGAUCGACAUUUUUGUGGAGGGAUGCAAUUCGGGGUUUUCCAGCUAUAUUUGAGCUAUUUUAAUCAAGAAAGUAUGACGCUGGCAUUCUUCUCUACCAGGAAACUCAAAUUCCCGUGUUAUUUUACUUGUAUGUACUUGUAAUAUGCAUUCCACAUUAAU